AUGCUGUACCACACCUACGAAACUGUGUGCACCCUGCCACUCAAAGCAGACUUAUUCGCCCAGGCCGUUCAUCCCUCCGAACCAAUUCUAUCCGUCGGUCUGACUUCAGGCCAUGUCGAGACAUUCCGCUUGCCGUCGACCGAGCAUAGCGACGAGGAAAACGAUGAUGACGAUGAGGAUGUCGAAGGCUCAUCACGAUUAUCCGCGACGAGUGGUAAUGGGACUGGUCAUAUAGAUACCAUAUGGUCGACGCGGAGGCACAAGGGGAGUUGUAGAUGUUUGGCCUUUAGCACUGAUGGAGAGACGCUUUAUUCUGCUGGAACGGAUGGGAUUGUCAAGGCCGCAAAGGUUGAGACAGGGAUUGUUGUGAAUAAGAUUCUCAUACCCCAGGCCAAAUCGAAGAAGAAAGUCGUAAAUGAUGAAAUCGACUCUCCCUCCUUGAUACACGCACUCUCUCCUCAGAACUUGUUACUAGCGACCGAUUCAGGUGCUUUGCAUGUAUACGACUUGCGCAUCCCUUACUCUCGAGUCACCGCUCGCCCCGAACAGACAUAUCGCCCUCACGACGACUACAUUUCCUCACUCACAGCGCUUCCGCCCUCAGACACCAGUACUUCUGGCUACAGUAAACAAUGGGUUACGACUGGAGGUACGACGUUAGUUGCUACAGAUUUGCGCAAAGGUAUUCUCCGCAAGAGUGAAGAUCAAGAUGAAGAAUUGAUCUCGUCCGCUUACAUUGGCGGUCUACCUACAACCGGUACCAGUGUCGGAGAAAAAGUUCUUGUUGGCAGCGGGACAGGUGUCCUGACGUUGUGGGAGAAGGGAGUCUGGGACGAUCAGGACGAUCGAAUUUACGUUGCGCGCCAGAACGGAGAAGGUGAAGCUCUGGAAUCGCUGGCUGUUGUCCCAUCGGAUGCUGGGUAUGGCAAGAUGGUUGCUGUUGGUCAGUCCGAUGGUCAGAUUUCCUUGGUGGCAAUUGGCCGGAACAAAGUGUUGUCCAGAGUGCAGCACGACGAGGUUGAAGGUGUUACCUCUCUCGGAUUCGACGUCGAAGGACGCAUGGUCAGUGGCGGUGGUCAAGUGAUCAAGGUCUGGAGCCCGAGUAUAUACAAUGAGGGAUACUCUUUUGCCGGCACUGUGAGGAAAUUUGAAGGGCCGAGCGAUGAUCUUGAUAGUGAUGAGAGCUAUGGCAGUGAUGAUAGCGAUACUCGCCGAGAGAAAGCCAAACGCAAGAAGAGAAAGCGAGACAAAGGGAAGAACCGCGACCGAGAAGUCAUGGGUUUUGCAGAUUUGGAUUGA